AACCGGUUAAUCGCGUCCUGAGCUUCCCUCACUUUCUCCUGCCCCAUGGACGGACCUCGUGUCGAUUAGCAGCUAGCGUCUUACUAACUGCACUCCUGAUGUGGACUCUACGACAAUCUGGCUAGCUCACAAAGCGGUCAUAAGAGGGUUGAACUUCAAUAUCGAUGCUGAUAAUGUAUGCCACAACGGGAAUCAGCAAAUGUGGAAAUCAGAUAUCAGACAUUAACAAUGAUGAAAAGCUAGACAUCACAGAAGAAUCUAAUGACUCCAAUUCAUUUUGCGAGAACUGUCCUUUAGAUGGCGAUUCAACUUCCACCAAAGAGAUCGAUGACACUGAAGAUGGGGAUAUAUUUUAUAAAUUUGUCAUCUUACACGCAGAGACCGAUGAAUUAGAGGCAAUACGAGUAAAGGACAUGUUACAAGAUAAAUUUAAUAUCAAACCAGGCUUAAUAUUCGCAGAAAUGCCCGCAGGACAAAACAUUCUUAAAAACCUUGAUAAUGCCGUUAAUGGUUCAGCUUGGACUAUACUAUUACUGACUGAAAACUUUCUCAGAGAAACCUGGUGUGAGUUUCAGUCCCACGCAACGUUAAUCAAUUCCAUUCACAUGUGCCAUAAAUAUAACUCUGUGAUUCCUGUGAGACCAAAAGACAAUUACCUUCCGAGAGAGAAAACACCAUUUGCGCUAAAGCUCAUUAAUGCAUUAGAAGAAAGGAAUCCUGAGUUCUCAAAGCAAGUGAAGAAAACCUUCCAUGAUAGCUUGUAUAAGAAGCAGUAUGACAUAUGGAAGGCUGAGAAGGAAGGCAUGGGAAAUCAAAGCCACUGAAUACAACCAGACCCACAUAAGUAGUUCGAUAUUAUGGGAGUAUGUCAACCCUGUUCUAAAACUAGUCUUUAAGGUGAUGCUUAGAGACUUACUACUAUUUUUCUAGCCUCAAACUUUGAUGGAGACAUUAUACAGUAAGUUUAUAGAAUCCACUGGGAUCGGUAACAAAACAGAUAAUGAAUUAAUCAUGUUCAUUAUUGCUCCUACAAAAACUAAAGCCAUAUCAUAAGUGUAAACAGAGCCGUAAGUGUAUGGUGUGAUGUACAGUACAGACCAAAAGUUUGGACACACCUUCUCGUUAUUUUCAUGACUAUGAAAAUUGU